AUGUCUGGGACUACGUCUCCACGCACUUCACCAUCAUUUUACCUGGAGUCCAUUCAAGCCCUCGUGCAGCUCUAUCACCUCGACGUAGAAAAUGCGACUCUGGACGAAGACGCGAUGUCAGAUGUAGAUGAUAACGGCCGUAUCACUUCGUCCAUUCCACUCGUAGGUCGAAGAAACCGUCGAGCCUUCCACAUCUUCGCCUUCGACACCCACAGGGACGAAGAGCUGACAUACCCUCGGGCGGCAUACGAUGGUCCCAUGAAUGUGUCCCUCCGCACGCUGGAGUGCAUCUCCCUGACCCAACAAUCAACCACCUUCACCGCCGCGGACCACCGGAACCUCAACCUCCUCUCCUACUUCCACGCAGUCUUCCCCACCGCCCCGUCGACAUCGCCGUACCCAUCCCUCACCGCGACAAAAUGGUCGACUUCCCUCCCCCUCUGCGCCCAACCCCCCUUCGAGCUCGACGUCGCCGCCGCCCUCGACCGCAUCAUCCUCUCCGGCACCGGCGCCGAAGACGUCGUCCCCUCCGAGCUCCCCCGCGCCCUCCCUGCGCCCUCGUCGGCCUCGUCGCCUGCGACCCCGGCGCGCUCGACCCCGCCCCACCCCACCCACCUCCCUCCCGGCGAGCUGCAGCUGCCGGUGUGGGGCCUGCUCGACGCGCGCACGCUCGACGGCGGCGGCGGCGGCGGCGGGGACGUCGCGGGCGUCGAGCGCGCGCGCGUGCCCUUCCUCCGCUGGGGCAAGGGCGAGGGCGCGGGCGGGGAGCGGCGGCGCGUGCGCCGGAACCUGAUGCGGCGCGGGCAGAUGUGA